GUCGUUGAAUAAGUGAAAACCUUUAUCCUUCAUCCAAGUGGCAAAUAAUUUGUGACUAGUACGACUCCAACGUCUAUCGAACUAGUCGAACCUUUCACAUAAUGAGGAUUCUUCCUUGACGCUGAUAAUCAUAACAAAAAAUGCCACGCAUUGAUCCACUUGAUCUACUCAAUUGCCUUGGUGUUUUACUCUCGACUGAUGGCGGCAUUAAAGGACCCGGGGAAGUCGUACGAGUUGCUAGGCUCAUGUUACGGUUUUCCAAGAAACUUGUUAGUAAAUGUAUCUAUAUCCACGUCCUCAAAGCAACGCCACACGACCUUUUGGACCAGUUUUUGAAUGAACAAGGCGCCUAUUACUUACUUCUAAAAUGGUUGACUGAAGCUUUACAGACGCGUAAUACACCGUUGCUGACGGAGAUGUUGGAACUCGUCCAAUUAUUACCCAUGUCAGAGGUUCGGUUGAAAGACGAAGGAGUUACGAGUUUGAUUCGGUCUAGUUUUCCAUACAGCGACCUUUCACAAAUGAUGCAUUCGAUAGCGCAAGAAUACAAUGAUCAAAAUUGCAGAAACUUGGCUGCUCAAUUUUGGCAACGGUGGUGUGCUACUCUCAGCAAACCUGAAGAAUUCACGCUGUCGCAAGACAGUAUCCUCCCAGACGACAUGGACUUGUCCAUCUAUGCUCCCGACACCACAUCGACCUCGUACGGUGACCAACUCGGCAUCAAUAUGGGUGAAGAUGUUGGUAUGGCGAUGAGUAAUCUUUCGACGCUCGACAUCAACUCCUGUGCGCCCUACAUGGAGAAUAAUGACUAUUAUAACUUGAAUCAUUUUGAGCCUGUGGCCAUGACCAAUAACAUAAGCCACGAUACUCAUCAAGUCUAUUUGGAUGGGACAAACUAUUCUAACGAACCUUUGCAUCAGCAGCUUCAACAACAGCAUCAACAGGUGAUAAUUCCAGGCCCACUAGAGGUGAAUAACCAGCUUUUAUCUACCUCGACGCCCGCCGUAUGGCCGACUAAUAAUAGCGUACCCCUAGUUGUCCCAUCCAUGCAAGAGCAGCCUGCCAUAACUGAUGAUACAGCAAUAGCAGCAGCAGCAAUGACUAAGCCCAAUGAAAUGGCAGCAGGCUUGCCUGUGCUCAAGAUCAAAGUCUCAAAAGCAGGCACAUACGUCGUCAAUAGUACAAACAAUCCUGUCGAAUCCAAAGAAGCGACGAAUACAUCACAACCCGUUGGCGAUCAAAUUGCUGACUCGAAAGAAAAAGAGAAAUCGAAGGAAAAAGAGAAAGAAAAGACUAAGGAGAAGAGAAGGGAGAAAGACAAGAAAUCAUCCAGUAGCAGCAGUUCCAGAACAAAAGAGGAGAGCAGCAGCAGCAGCAAAUCAUCAUCAGAUUCCAAGAAAAGAGAUAAAGAGCGAGAACGAGACAGGUCCAGAUCUUCGUCAUCUUUAUCUAAAGAUAGCAAGUACAGUAGCAGCAGCAGCAGUAAGGACAGAAACAAGAAGGAUGACAGUAGGAAAGAGAAGCCCAAAAUCAAAGCUAGUCCUCGAAGUGAAAGUCAGAUCAAAGAAGCCAAACAAGCGGAAAAGAAUAGAGAAACUUUAGCUGCUAUCAAAGCCAUGUCACCGGUCGUCAAAUUGGCCAAGAUUCCCCGCAAAAAGGUCGAAGACGUUUCAGCUACUCCCACCGAAGGCACAUCGGCGACAGAACUGCUCGAUAAACUUGCACCUAGACCCAAAACAGUCAAGACUUUCAACUCGAAAUUCCGAUCCACUGGUCUAGUCGAAGAACCCGGAAAGAGUCCACCAAUUGGCAACAAGAAAUUGGGGGCUGCUAGUCCUUCUGCCGAUAAGAAGAGUCCCAGCGUCAAGAGAACGGGUUCAAUUGACGGGCUAUUACCACCAGCCGACAAGAAAAUGAAAGCGGUGGACGAUACGGCGAUUAGUGCUGCCGUGGCGGCCGUGAUGAAGAAAACUGCCUCGGAUAUCAAACCCGCUGUCAAGUUAAUUUCUGCCAGACCGAGACCGUUGCUGCAGGACAGUUCGCUGUUUAUGGACGCACUGGAAGCUGGAUCGAAAACGUCUACUGAACCACGCAAGAGAAAGCGAUCCGCUAAAGAUGGACCUGAACUCCCACCACCUCCCCAACAACCUAUCGUCGUUCCCACCAUCAAGCAAGAAGCACCUGCCACUCCUCCCGUCACUCUGGCUGGCCCAGUUGUCGCCCCAAGGGAGGAAACAUCACCGAUACCAAUGAAACCCAUGUUCAAUUUCUAUCAGGACACACUCGAAACGGAUGGCGGCAUAAAGGAAGAAGAAAAGACGGACACGGUUGUCGCUUCAACCGAUACCAAAGAACCGAAAGAGGAAUGUCCCGAGAGUCCGUCGGCAGAGAAAGAAGUUCGUGUGAAAACGGAAGUUGAUGGUGAGGAGAAUGAAGAAGCCAGUUCUCGUGACAGCAGCAAAACGGACAUGGCCGGUGAAGAAUCUCCCCCUUCACAAUCGGACAGCGGAAAACCAAAAGGCGUUCUGGUCCUCCAUGCACAUCAGAAGAGGCGGCCCAAAAAAGUCCUUCAAUGGCGACCGGAAGAAGAAUUGGAGAUGCAUCACUAUUUUGAACUCGACGAAACGGAAAGAGUCAACGUGAACAAAUUGCUUUUCGGUGAGAUGAAACAAGCCGAGAAAGAACGGGAGAAACAAUCGAUUCUUAUGUCUAAGACUAUGGUUGAAGAACCAGAGGUUGAAGAGAAUCCUUGGAGAGGGUUGUUGCCUAUCGAUAAUCUCGAAGACCGUGUCAUUUUCGGGGAAAACAGUCAAGAGCGGGAGAUUCAAGCCGCCAGAGAAAGCUCCACUCUUCAGGCCCUGUACUUUAAAGGCCAAUUGCUUCCAGAUUCCCCAAUCGAGGCUGAUCCUGAAGUACCACUGGAACGAACAGACAGCGCACCAACCGUUAUUCCAUUAGACGACGUGACGGGCAAUCCCGAAAGCGUCUACGAUCACCGGCAUCUGCCGUGGCCCGAGCCUAAAACAAUGCGGCCCCAUAAUAGUGCGCCCUUCUCUGGACCCCACCAAGCCCCCAUGCCGGCAGCAUAUCAGUCCCAUCAUCAGCCUCUUCAUCCACAACAAUACAGUGGCCCCGGUUAUCGAAGUGGCCCACCUGCUGGUCCUGGACCGGUUGAUCCAUAUUACUCGGAUCGUGGUCCAAUGCACGAUGAUCACUAUGGACACGGAGGAUUGGGCGACGUUCCUAUGCACGAAGGACACGGAGACAUUCCCCAUCACGGGGGACCACCUAUGCAUCACCAUCCAGGUGGUAGAGGUGGUCCUCCAGGAGGACCCCGCGGAGAAGUAGGAGGAACUUGGAUGGCUGGCGAUGGAUCAAUUUAUCCCGACCACGACGUGUCACAACGGUACAAUGAUGGACCUCCGCAGCACCGAGAUGGGCCACCUCAUCACCGUGAAGGAUUUCAUCAUCACCGAGAACGUGAACAUGCUCAUCCCCGUGAUCGAGGAGGUCACGGCUAUAAUGAUAUGAUGGGAGGUCCAAAUUCCGGAUUCAUGCACCCUCGCGGUAUGGGUAUGGACGGACCGAGACCUAGAUUCCAUGGACCGCCGAGAGGUGGCGGUGGAGGUCGGCCGGGAGGACCACCUUCCGCUCGUGGCGGUCCCUCAAACCAGCCGUGCUGGCACUUUAUGAGAGGAUUCUGCCGUUUAGAAAAUCGUUGCAAAUUUCUUCAUCCCAAUAACUAUAACGGCGCGCCAAUGCCUUAAUAACAGUGAAAAAAAAAACCAACACAUCUUAUUAGAAGUUCUAGCCAUUUUGUACAUUUAAUGGGUCGGUACUGUGCCGUUCCCUCUCUGUAUAGUGUUUUAUAACGAGCUCGAAAAUCAAUGUGAUUUUGUUUAGUUUCUAGUUUGUUCCACUUUAUUUUUUUCUUCUUUCAACAUGUGAUGCCUUUUAUUAGGCUGCAUUCCCUCGCCGCCAUUAUGCUUGCAAUGAAUAAUGUAAAGUGUAUUUAAAAAGAGACGAUGAAAGAAAACUGGGUGCAGUGGGAAAAUAGUAAGCUACUUAAAGCUUAUCUCGUCCGUCUUUGUAUGAUUGUAUGUCAUCAAAUUGUACAUUUCAUUGAAGUCUUUCUGGCUGCAUAUAAAUUGAUUUCUACUUGG